GGAGCUUGCAGGGAAGCGCCAGAUCCUCAACCUCCUCGCCGAACUCCUCCGUCAGCUUUUGAUGGAAGUGGGAGAAGUCGCUGUAACGCCGCUCCACGCACACGUGACGGGUGCUGAAACUUCCACAGGCCAUCACCGCCACCUGGUACACCUGUAGGGCGCGGAGACAAGAUGAGUCGCGCCGAGUGUGAUGUGCGGUGCAUGGUCACGUUUUGGUGCCUCACCACAUGUUUGCAGCAGGCGUCCUCAACAACGCAACUGGACGCGAUGUCGAACAGCACUUUGUGUGCUCGCUGCGUCCCUUUCGCCUCUCGCCACCUCUGCUGCAGCUCCUUGGUGGUCAAACUGGAACCGCUAAGCGCUACACAAACACACACACACACAAGUGACAGGGAAAAUGUCGGUAGCACGAAGAAGAAGAAGAAGAAGCAUCAAGUCACCUGGUGGCUCGCUCAUGUUGACGACGAAAACUGAAUAAACAACUUCUUCAGUUUCCUUUCCUAUGCAUGAGGAAGUGAAACACGGCAACAUAAGUGCGACUUCCGCUUCCUGCUAUGAUUCCAGCACCUGUCUAAGGAUGGCUCCAUGAGCUUGGCAAACGCCUGGAGAUGCCCUACGUCAACAACACGGUCGGCGGCCCGUCGGUGCGCAGCUCGUACAUCGCCGCCCUCUACUUCACCCUCAGCAUCCUGACCAGCGUCGGCUUUGGCAACGUGUGCGCCAACGCGGACGCCGGGAAGAUUUUCUCCAUCUGCACCAUGCUCAUUGGCGACGUUUUCAGUGCGUGGGCUCGCCAUCGCACUGCCGGGCCAUUCCCCGAUUCAGUCCAGCUGGAAGAAGUCGACGACAUGGCACGUCGGAGCCAACUCGUCCUGCUGAUGUUCGCGGCCGCCGCGGUGAUGAUACGUGAAGGGGACGCACUUCGCUGUUACAAGUGCGCCGACUACACGGGCCGCUGUCAGAAUGUGCAGGAGUGCACGUACGAGGACGCCUGCUUGUCUUUGAGUGAGAGAGGCGGAAAGACCAUCCGUCAGUGCAUCAGGUACACCGACUGUGACAAUUCCCGCCUCAGCCAGAUGUUCCCCGCCAUGUCGGCCUUCACAUACCGCUGCUGCAGCAGCAACCUGUGCAACUCCAGCAAGGCCGUCACCAUGGCGACACCCGUCACGCUCAUUAUCGGCUCGCUGCUCUGCAUCCUUGCGUGCUGGCUGUGAAGACGCCGCGUAACCCCGAAUAAACAAAAGAAAGCCA